CGCCCUUCCCAUGCAGGCAGCAGCCACGUCACCCAGCCUGCACUGGGACAGCUAAGCAAGCUCAGACUGGGAGGGACAUUCUGGGGGACAAUCCCCUACUUUGCACUGGCACACAGGGGAGGAAGAGGGCCGUAGGCAGAUCAUAGAGUAGGUAGAAAUUGUGUCUGAUAGAACAGAGAUUAAAUAUACCAGGAGGAAGAGCGAGGGGACCAGUUUAUUCUGGAGGUAAGAAUAUCACGGGAGAAAGUUUUUAUACUAGGAAAGAGAGUUUACUCAUCUGCCAGGAGACAGGAACAGGGGACUCCAUACUCACAGAGAAAGAAAGUUUAAUUGGAAGAGAGAGUUUAACUGAUCUGGGACAGGAAAGGGAAAAGAUUCACUGCAGAGUUUUACCAGGUAACAGAGAGAAUCUCUUGGGAGAAACCAAUAGAACUCCCCAAGCCUUCCCUCCUCUUCAAAACUGCACUGAUUCAUUUGCCGCAGGGAAGUUCUUGGAGCAAUGAAUAUAUUCCGGAUCCUGGGAGAUGUCUCCCAUUUGCUGGCUAUGAUCAUAUUGCUGGUCAAGAUCUGGAGAUCCAAGUCCUGUGCUGGUAUCUCCGGGAAGAGCCAGAUCCUUUUCACCCUUGUCUUCACAACCCGCUAUCUUGACCUGUUCACCACCUUCAUCUCAGUCUAUAACACCGUGAUGAAGGUCAUUUUCUUGGUGUGUGCCUACAUCACAGUGUAUAUGAUCUAUGUGAAGUUCCAGAAAACAUUUGACAGAGAGCAUGACUCCUUCCGUCUGGAAUUCCUCUUGGUCCCUGUCACAGGCUUGUCAUUUCUGGAGAACCACAGCUUUACCCCCUUAGAGAUCCUCUGGACUUUCUCCAUCUACCUGGAAUCAGUGGCCAUCCUUCCUCAGCUCUUCAUGAUCAGUAAGACAGGGGAGGCAGAGACCAUCACGACCCACUACCUCUUCUUCCUGGGUCUCUAUCGUGCACUCUACCUUGCCAACUGGAUCUGGCGCUACCACACAGAGAAUUUCUAUGACCAGAUUGCCGUGGUUUCUGGGGUGGUACAGACCAUCUUCUACUGUGAUUUCUUCUAUCUCUACGUCACUAAAGUCCUGAAGGGAAAGAAGCUAAGUCUCCCAAUGCCAGUCUGAAAACAGCACCACACAACACAAGAAGUUCCUGCAGAUGCAGUUCCAAGGUCACAGCUUUCUUCUUCUGCCCCACCAUCGACAAAAAUGGCUCAGCUAAGAAUCUCAACUCAGCGCCAGUAAUAUAGUGAGGCUUGGAUGGCUGAUAAGCUCUUGAUCUGCUUAGGGCUUUUCCUUAAAAUGUCUGCUAGUGUUUUUGCUUAAGUGAAUUUUGUACUGGUGAAUGGUUCUGGCUAGCGACUGAAGUCCUCUAUCCUCAUAGUAGAUCCAGAAGUGCAAGCUUUAUUCUCUCUCCUCUCUUUUCCUCCCCCCAGCCACUUCCAAAAUCUGCCUCAAACCUGACCCUUUAAGGGAUCACCUCAAGGAGUGAAAGUUUGUUUUCCACAGCUAUUUUUCAGUCUUUCCAAGACUGCCAGCUGUAAAACAGUUGCUCAGUUCUUAGCAAACAGGUACCCAAAACACCAAAAAACCACCAGUCGAUUUCAUACUGGGAAACCAGGGGCAGACAGACAACUUGCAAUUACUGCGAUUUGUCUGCAGUGUUCUUGCAGCCAUGUGAUUAAUGACACUUAAGCCACUAUGAACUGGCAAUCAAGAGGUGCAAGUGCCCAUAUCCCAGUCUCUCCAGGCCCUGUAAUAUUUUUAAGGGAACAUCCUUCCAUUAAAACGGCAAGGAUUACAUCUGAAGAUCUUUCAAUAUUGUAAAUAUUCAAACAUUCUGCUCUAAUCAACCCCUUUCAAUCACAGUCCCUGAUGUUCUACAGAUAGCGAGCAUUUUUAUUAAAAUAUAUUUGGUUGCUGACAGACAUGACUAUUCCCUGGAUUAUUUUUUGUUAUAUAAAAGAGGGGUAAGUGGCGAAUGGGGGUAAAACCAUUUACGGUCUAGAAACAAAAAUAAGUGCUCAUAUUUUAUUGACAGUGUUUUUAUUUAUACCUACAAAAGAAAACAAGAUGGUAUCAAAAGGACAAUUUACAAACUAAGAAUAGUAACAUAGCUCUUAGCAUCCUGUCUGAACAUCACAAAUUUAUGAAUCUCUCAAUUCAAGUCUUCGUUAAUACAACAGGAAUGUGUCCAGAGACCAGCAAAGGUGUGAAACAGAGCACUGAUCCCCCACAAAAGCCACUAACCCUUCAGUUGUUGAAGGAGAAAUCCACACAGUACUGUUGUUUCAGGAAGUGGGAAGGGAGGAGAUGCCAGACUCAUUUGACACUCCCACAAACACUUACAGAUUGAGAACAAUGCAAACAUUAAUAGAUGUUAACACUGUAUCAACAAGGGCUCUUUAGCUGGUAUAUGGAACAGAACAGCAAGCACCAGGUGAGACAGGGGGCAGGCACAUGCUACUGUGCAUUCAACAAUCAAGUCGGGCAUGAGAGAGACUGGACUGCAGCUGACAAAGUUACAAUAAAGAAUUGCAAGACCUCAGGAUAGCUGUUUUACAUCUACCCAAGUCCCUGAAGGAAGAAGUGAAAGCUACAGCACACCACAAGGCAGUUUUGGCUUUCCAGAGACCCUUCUUAAAGCCAGCUAGGCAGCGUGUCCCACCCCAUGCCCUUCCACGCCCACAGAAACUCACAAAUGAAGAAUAGCUCCACGCUUGCUUGUGGGGGAGAUAAAAGACAACAGAUCAGUCAGUGCUGGGACAGUAAGAGUUCAUUUGUGGCCAUCACUUAAACACACAAGCACAAACAUUUCUUGCCAAAGUACUAGUUAAUUUUUUAAAAUAGCCUCAACGUAAGAAAGAUGGGGGUGUUAAGGGAGUUAGCUGUCCCCCUGACAUUGUGCUGAUAACCUACCUGUAUGCUGCACACAAACCAUAGAUUCAUCCCACCCCUCAUACUAUGUCCUAAGGGGAAGAUGUCUAAAAAAAAAAGCUUUUUUUAAGCAAGCCCUCUCUCCCACAGCUAUCAAAUGUUCUGCUCUCCUACAGAAGGUCUGGGCUGCCUUUCAGAAGGGUUGAGAUGCCUUGUUUGUGACUACUACAGACUCCCGCAAUAGAAAAUAAAAUCACAACAAACUCUUGUAACACAAGGAUUAUGCCUUGCAACAUCGGUAUAUGGCUCUGAUUUCCUGCCAAGUUAUCCGAAUACAAGAGCAGCCAACUCUCACUAUGAUCUACUGCCCCAGAACCGUCUCCUCAUGGUAAUCACAAAGUAGACACACUUUACUAUUUAAAGGGGAACACCCCCACACCUACCUUAGCCUGUAGAAUAAACAAGAUUGAAUUAAAAUGUUUACUAAAUUUCCACUUUUUUCUAACAUUUCCUAGAAUGCUACCUACCUGCAAGGGCUGAGCUCAAAAGGGACUGCCGGGGCUGGGGAAAUGCCAGGGAAAGCACUAGGCAGUCCAGGGUAUGAAGGAAAAGCAGCUUCAGAAUCAGGACACUAACCAGCUCUCUCCUCACCUCAUGAAGAGGUGUUUCCAGUUGCGCCUCCCCCCACCCCACCAAAUCCCAGUAAGUUUUAAGAGGGAAAACUUUGCUACAUUUCACUCAGCACAGCAGCAUUCUGAACACUCCCCAGGACCAGGUGCUUUGCUCACUAAGAAUAUACACAAACAGUACUGAACAUAAUCUUAAUUCUGGUCAGUGUUUCUAUGCCUUCUACUGAUUAGUUAUCUUGGUGACCCCAGCAAUGGGAAUUUGAGGGCAGAAGCUGAUUUAAGAAGUCAGUAACCAGCUUCCAUCCAUCUGCAGAUUCCAUCCAUUCCUGCAUUUUAACAAUCAUUGGGAAAGUACUUCAAUGGUAAAUAUUUCAAAUAGAUGUUAUAUUUUAACAGAAGUUCUUACAGUGAUUAGAUCUGGGGUUUGAGACACCAAAUGAAAACAGGUUUCUGGUCUCUGACACUGGGGCUUUAUUCCCCUUCUCCUUACCACAGAUCAUAGAACUUACUUCAGAAGGAAGCUGCUGCAAUCAGGAGCUACAAAAAUGCCAACCAGAACAGUUUUACACUAUCUGUGGGGCAACACUCAGAAUGCCUCCAAACUGAGCCAAACAAGCAAGAGUUUUCCUUAGAAGUUUACUUAUGCCAGAGUACAAGCAUCAAUAUUCAGUUAUUUAAAAAAAAAAAAAAAUCUUAAAUCUAGAAAACAAAUGAACACUGCUCCCUUGGAUUUAUUAUGUUAAAGGAAGCGUGCCUUGACUCCCCAGAAUUCCCCACCUCUCAAUACCUCCUGAAAUUAAGUUAGCAUGUUAUAGUACAGAGGCCUCCCCGGGUCUGCAGUAAGUUUUCACACACAAACCUCAGACACCAAAAAGACUGGGCUGGGACUUAUCUGCUUUAUACCUAUUUUCUUUUAAGAGAAAAUAAAAAGUUGUUCCAAUUUCCUCAACAUGCAAGACAACCCCCCCCACCCCCACCCCAAAAAAUUUCCAGUCAAUUGUGUGUGUUUCUCUGUGUGUGUGUAUAGAUAUAUAUAUAUAGUUAAAAACCCACAAGAUAAGUAAUUGUGGACUGGGGGGCCAUUUUUGGUGGGAAGGAGGAAUUGGGAUGGUGAAUGCUAAAUCUAACCUGCUUGAGAAAGACAACAAAG